AUGGCUCAGAUGGCAUGUGUGCUGGUGCUGUCGCCCGCCCCUGCAAGGGCUGAGAACGGCCCAAUGUCGGGCGCUCUUGGAUCCCUCGGGCUGGGAGGCAUGGGCGGCGGCGGCAUGGGCGGUGGCGAAAUGGCAAGCCGCUUGGCAAGCGGCAUGGGUGGCGGCGGCAUGGGCAGCGGCAUGGCAAGCCGCAUGGCUAGCGGCUUGGGCAGCGGCGGCAUGGGCGGUGGCGAAGUGGCAAGCCGCUUGGCAAGCGGCAUGGGUGGCGGCGGCAUGGGCAGCGGCAUGGCAAGCCGCAUGGCUAGCGGCUUGGGCGGCGGCAGCAUGGCCGGUGGCGAGAUGGCGAGCCGCUUGGCCAACACCAUGGGCAGUGGCGCCGCGGCCAUGAGGACCACUGCUGCUCGUCUGGCCGGUAGCGGUGGUCUCGGCGGCCGUCGUCUGUUGGCUGCGGGCGGAAACGAUGUUUAG